AUGGCUGACGUCACCACUAGGCAUGACCACAUUACUGUUACUCCUGCUCCGGCCAUGACCGCGAUCUCAAGCACUCCCACACCGCCGCCUCCAACAAACUUUGGUAGGGCUUUCCAUGCCCUUGAUACAUGUGGUAUAGGUUGGAUUAUUGAUUCGUGA